UCUAGAUGCUCUUGCAAAGCACCUUUUGAUUCUGAUGAUAUGAAAGAUGAUGAAAAAGUGCGGUUUUACACUGGUCUAACUGAAGUCAAAACUCUUCAACUUGUUUUCGAAUGUGUAUCACCCUAUGUUACACGAAAAUCGAAAUCUCUSUCUAAAUUUCAAGAAAUGGUCAUGACACUCAUGCGAAAUAGACUUAAUGUGCCAUAUCAAGAUCUUGGUUACCGUUUUGGAGUAUCUGUAUCAACUGUUUUCCGAAUUUAUACCACAUGGAUGAACAUUAURGAUGCUCGCCUGUCUCCAUUAAUUUACUGGCCAGAACGUCAUGAAUUAUGGCACACAAUGCCCAAGUGUUUUCAAACUGCUUUUGGAAAUAAAACUACAGUAAUAAUCGACUGCUUCGAAGUGUUCAUUGAACGACCAACAAAUCUACUGGCAAGAGCACAGACMUUUUCUUCCUACAAGCACCACAAUACAAUCAAGGUUCUAAUAGGCAUCACCCCACAAGGAACAAUUUCAUUUUUGUCCAAUGCUUGGGGAGGCAGAACCUCAGACAAAUUUUUGACCGAAAAUUGUGGUCUGCUUAAUAAGCUUGUUCCUGGAGAUAUGGUGAUGGCAGAUAGGGGCUUUGCUGUAGAAGAAACUGUAGCAUUGCAAAGAGCUGAACUUGUGAUACCUGCUUUUACAAAAGGAAAAGCUCAACUAGAUCCCAUUGAUGUUGAGAAGACAAGGGGAAUUGCYCAUGUUCGAAUUCAUGUUGAGAGGGUCAUUKGACUUCUGCGCAGAAAGUACACUAUUCYGGAAGGAAUUCUUCCUACAGACUAUUUAUCCACCACUUCCACGGAUCAGUCACCAUUGAUCGAUCAAAUUCUAAGAGUUUCAGCUGCACUAGUAAACUUAUGUCCCCCCAUAGUGCCAUUUGACUGAUAUCAUUGAUAUGCAUUACUUUUUGUAUAUUUGAGUGAAAUUACAAAGACCAGUCAAGUUCAGUGAUCAUUUUAUUUUGUAAUUAAUCUUUCUAUUAAUGCUCAAAUGCAUUAAAGUACACCAGUGAAUGAAUAAAGACUUCAUCUAAAUGAUAUUUGGAUAGCAGCUCAUAUCUGAAGCCAUUUUUCAUUCACUUCAUAACUAGGAAGUUUAUAAUUGUUAUUAUAUACUG